AUGCCCAACCUUCCAGCCAGCUCCUUCGCUGCGGACAUGGACGCUGCCGCCGGCGUCGCAGCGUAUCGCAGGGGGUCGGAGCAGCUCGCCUCUGCCACCCAUCUCGCCGACACACUGCCAUCCCAGCGCAGGUCUUCGCUGGGCAGCAUGGCCACCACCGCCACCGCCAACGACAUGCUUCGAGCCGCCUCAGCCAUGGCCGCGCAGGCAAGCUCCGGCGCAGAGGGUCUCCAGGCAGUCAGCUCGGCGCUCCUCAACCAGGCAAAGGCACAGGCGUCGGCAGCCGCUCUCUCCUUCAACGAGUCCGCCAUCGAUCCCUCCGACCUGCAGUCCACGCCAAUGACUCGCAACUGGUCCGAUUCAGCCGGCUACUCGGCCGCCAUGAGCGCACACAUCGCUUCCACCCUCGAGAGCCAGAUCACCAGAUCCACACAUCCGCCAUCGCAGCCUCACUCCGCUGCCGGGCCGCCGAGCUCGGCUGGAGAUACGUCGCUUCAUCCCUCGGAUCCAGCAGAUGCCGAGGCUCAGAUGGGUCGCAUCGCCGCUCAGGCCGCAGCUCGCGAGGCGCAGACACAGUGGCGCACCCAGAUGGCUUUGAGGACUGCUGCAGCCUUCACCCAGGACGCGCACAGCGCUACUGAUUCAGCUGCUCCGGGUCGAGCUGGCAACGUCGCUUCGAGCUUGCAUGGCUCUAUCCGCUCUACAAGCUCAGCGACGCCACAGCCAUCUGGCUCACAUACAAACGCCUCCUCCUCAAACACCCUCGACGCCUAUGCGGACGCCUCCUCCAUCACCGAAUACCUCCGCUUCCUCGGCCUCAGCCACAUCGAAAUGCCCUCUCAAGGCAUCGAACAGUCUUUCGGGAGAAGCAUCACCGCCUCGGCGCGCUACUGGGAUGCUACCAACCCUCACAUGGGCUUCAGCCUCUCGGGCGUCCCGAGCAUGCCCUUGAUGCCCAACCCUCCAUUGCAGAUGCUGCCGCCGCCCCCAUCGCCCUCCUUUCGCCGCAAAAACUCCCGCGCAAGGCCGGCCGCACGCCAUCUGUCCACCGCCUCCAUCAGCUCCACAGACUCCACCGACACGGCCAACGACUUUGAGCCCAACGUCAUGUCGCCCUUCCCCUACCCCUUUCAGGUGGUCCAGACCCCCGGCGGAACGGCAAGAGCAGGAUGGUGGGUGCCCGUCUCCGAGGUGCCCGAAGAGAGACGCGCCAAAGCCAUCACCGUGGGCGAGGGCCCGCCGCCAUCAGCGCCGGGCACGAACGCCCGCUCUGCCUCCAAACUCGAAUCCGUACCAGAGGGCAGCAGCUCGGCAGAGCUGGGCGACGAGGACGAAGAAGGCGAGAUGCUCUUCCAGCCUACCUACCGCGACUUCACCAAGGACGAAUACUCGACCCUCGCCACCGCUGCAGCCUACGCCACAGCCGCACUCACCAGCAUCGCCUCGACACCAGGCGGCACGUCGCAUUCAACCACCUGGCGCCCGCUCUCCGCCUCGGAACAAGAGGCGAUUGCGGGCCAGCUCCGCGCUUGGGCAGGUCUCGACGGGCCGCACGCGCAAGCACAAGCUCGCAAGGCGCUCGAACAGCGCCAGAUCCACCUCAUUCAGCGUGCAGUCCACCGCGACCUGCACGAUGGUCGCGACAGCGACAAGCAGCAGCCGGCCGACCAAGAACCAGCUUCAGAUCAGUUGCGUCGUCCAGAGCAGGCAACACGCUUCUUCCCGCCCGACUUUGCCAGCCACUACCGCACGCAGCUACAGGCGCUCGCAGAGGGAUACUACACCCGCCUGCACAACGAGAACUUAGCCCAGGCGCACUAUGCGCAGCCUCCUGCCAAAGAGAGCCGCACCGAUGCUGGCCAAGAUGCGCGCGCAGCGCAAAAGCAUAAAGUCGAGAGCGUCGAGCCGCAGGGUAAGCAAGAGGCAUAUGCUCACAAGCCGGAAGAUGGUGCUGUGGGAGUAGGCGCAUUCAACGGCAUGGCACCUCCGGUCCAGACGCCCACGCUUCGUGAUGGUGCCCGUGAUCCCGUAGAGCUGCUCAGCGCCGCUUCGAAUGCUGCUGGCCACGACGUCUCGUCUCCCGAGGUGCGCGACCAGCUGCUUCAGUACGCCCACAACCUCUACACACAAGGGCCUCCGCAGGCGAAUGGUACGCUCAAGGGCACCGAUAAGCUGCAUCCUACGCUCCUGCCGCUGCUGCAUACGCUGCACAAGCUCCAUCCCGAGCACCUCCCGACGCUUCUGCUCCUCUCCUGCGCGUACUACGCUGCCGACAAUUACGCAGGCUCGCUCUGGUACAACAACCUCAUCCUCCGCAUCGAUCCCAACUACGUCGAGAGCAUGAGCAACAUCGGUACUACCUUGAGAGCGCUCGGCCGCUACCAAGAGGCCGAGAGCUGGUGGUGGAGGGCCAUCCGCUUGCGUCCAGGCUACUGGGAUGCCUAUGAGAAUCUGCUGGGCGUCAUGUGCUCCGCCAACCCUGCCGUAUCCAACGCGAAAGCGGGCCCGCAGGUCGGAGGCGAAGUACAGCCUGCAUCCCAGCCGAGAUUCAAGGAGGCGCUUCAGCUCUGCGAACAUGUCGAGGCACACGUCGUCGGGCAGCAGAACGCACCGGGCGCGUCGUUGCCGCUCUACCUUCCGCCCAGUCUGCCGCUUACGCAAACGCCUCGCCUUCAGAACCUCUUUUACGCCAAGGGUAACCUCAAAUUCGUACUGCCCGAGCUGGGCACCGUGCCUGCAGCCGCCGAAUACCAAAAAGCAGUCGAAGUGGUUCUGUCUCCGAACGAAUCGACUCGGUACGGGCUGCGCGACUUCAUCGUUGCCGCAUGCGCCGUCGGGCUGCUGUCGAUGGGCGCCAUGCUUCCCGGCACCGCGGCAGCGGCGGCGGCUCUCGAAGUGGCCGUAGCUAUGGGUAUCGACCCGGCCAAUCCGGAGCAUGCUGCCAUCUUGACGAGCGGAUCGUUCAGCCGCAUCUGUCCGGGCGGCAUUCUCGCACUGGUCAAGCUGUCUGGCGAUGUUCUGGUCAGCACGCUGCUGCGGCUCGGCAACGGCCAAUUACCCAUGCUUCUGCUCUUACCGGAAGCUGCGACGCAGCUGUGCAAGGUCAUCUUCGCAGAGACGGCGGGCUGCCUCCCGGCACUUGCGCGUCCUCCGAGUAGCAGCAAGCCUCAGAACCCGGCCGUCCUACAGCAGGCGCAGAAGCAGGCUGCACAGACGACUUCGACCAUCCUGCUGACCCUCGCCAAGCUGUUCCAGGAUGCGACGGCGAGUCCGAUGGCCGGUCCGCACGGCGCGUUGACACUGGGCGGCAUCCCGCCUUCGACGUCGUUGCUCCUGCCUCUGUACUAUCUCUCCAUCUCGUUGCAUCCGUCGGCAUCGACGUGCAACAACCUGGGCAUCCUGCUCUCUUCCAUUCCCGUGGUCACCACAGUGAUCAAUGCGGCAGGUCAGCCGCAGCAGCUCAAUGGACAGGCGCUCGCAAUGCAGUACUACACACAAGGCCUGCAGCUCGACCCCAAGCAUCCGCACAUCUACACCAAUCUCGGCUCCCUGCUCAAGGACCUCGGCCAUCUCAACGAAGCGAUCAAGAUGUACCUCAAGGCCGUCGAGUGCAACCCGGACUUCGAUGUGGCGCUGGCCAAUCUCGGCAACGCCAUCAAGGACCAAGGACGCACGCAGGACUCGGUCACGUACUAUCGCCGCGCCGUGCGCGUCAAUCCGCACUUUCCCGAGGCGCUCUGUGGGCUCGUCAAUGCGCUUCUGGCGGUCUGCGACUGGACAGAAGUGUACAUCGACAAGCAUGCAUCGGAAAGCACGAGUGCUGGCAGCAGGACCAGAAACAACGUCGGCUCGGAAGGACCGAGCGGAUGGAUGACGAACGUCUCCGAGCUCGUCUCCAAGCAGCUGAGAGACGGUUGUCAAUACGGAGCCGGCGCGUUUCAGCUGGCUGGUCCAUUGGAGGUCUGGGUCCGUGCGAUCAUCGACGCGAUGGGCGACACCCGGGACGCAGCUCCCCAAAUUUGGAGGCAGCGACUCGAGAUGUUCUACCAGCCUGGCUUCGAUCGUGUGGCCAACAACGUGUGCGAGGGCGGCUACCUGAUCCAGCUGGUCGAGAGGAUGAUGCGCCGAUCCCAGCGGCGGUGGUACGUGGAUGCGUACGGCGCUGGCGUGCUUCGGGCAGCGACCGAGCUGCCGCGUGUGACAUCGGCGCAGAACAUCGCCACCAACUAUGCGCGACCGAAGCUGCCGUCGUGCCUGGUCACGCCUGCCGUACCCACGGUGCUGCCGUUCCACACAUUUACCUAUCCGCUCUCGCCGCGACAGAUCCGUCUGAUCUGCCAUCGCAAUGCUCUGAGGAUCUCGCAGAGCACGCUGACGCAAAUGUGGGUUCCCGACGUGGUCUACCCGCCGCCGUCGCCACCAGCGCCCAAGAUCAACAUCGGCUACGUCUCGUCGGACUUCAACAACCACCCGCUCGCGCAUCUGAUGCAGUCCGUAUUUGGAUUUCACGAUCUGUCGCGCUUCAACGUCUACCUCUAUGCUACCACGCCCUCGGACGGAAGCCCGUACCGCCAGAAGAUCGAGCGCGAGGCUCAGCACUUCCUCGACGUAUCCGCGUGGUCGAACCAGCAGGUGGUGGAGCGCAUCGUGAUGGACAACAUCCACGUGCUCAUGAACCUCAACGGCUACACCAAGGGCGCACGCAACGAGAUCUUCGCCGCACGGCCCUGUCCCGUGCAGAUGGAGUUUAUGGGCUUCGCCGGAAGCAUGGCCUCGCGCUGGACAGACUGGGUGGUGGCGGACCCGAUCGUAUGCCCGCCCGAGAUGACGAGCGUCGACCGAUGGCGCCAGCUUAAGCUUGCUGCAGGCGCAUCCGGGACGGCGAUGGAGCAGCGUCCGACGGAUCUGCUGGCCGACCUCGAUCCCGAAGAGGCCUCGGACGAGUGGGUGUAUCCCGACCGCUUUGUCUACAUGCCUCACACGUACUUUGUCAACGACCACAAGCAGGGCUUCCGGGAAAGCGUGCCGACCGAGACCAUCGAUGUGGCCAGCCAGGCAGCCGAGAGCCGUGGGGGCGGCGCUGCAUCGACGCCGACGGAAGAGCAGCUAUGGGCGAGCGAAGAGCUCAAGCGGUACGCGAUGCGGCGCGAGCUGUUCCCGAAGCUGCCAGACGACUAUGUCAUCUUUGCCGACUUCAACCAGCUUUACAAGUGCGACCCGAUGCUGUUCAGGCUGUGGCUGCGCAUCCUGAAGCGCGUGCCCAAGUCGAUCCUGUGGCUGCUGCGCUUUCCCGCGGCGGGCGAGCACCACCUGCUGCGCGAGGCGAGGCAGUACGCGGGCGACGACGUGGCUGCGCGCGUCAUCUUCACCGACGUGGCGCCCAAGCACAUCCACAUCCACCGCGGGCGCAUCGCCGACCUGUUCCUGGACACGACCGAGUGCAACGCGCACACGACGGCGGCCGACAUCCUGUGGUCGGCGACGCCCGUGCUGACGUGGCCGAGGCACAUGCACAAGAUGUGCUCGCGCGUCGCCGCGUCCAUCGUGCAUGCGACGGGCUUUGGCGACGAGAUGACGGUGCACAGCGAGCGCGAGUACGAGCAGCGCGCAGUGCAGUUGGCCGAGUCGCUCCAGUACGUCUAUCUGGACGAUCAGGGGCGCGAGAUCGAGCCGGCCGUGGACGAGCGCAGGGAGCGCUUCGCAAGCGACCUCGAGGCGGAUCCGAAGAGCGUGGCGGCCCAACCGCAUUCGUCUGGUGUGGCGGUCGCCUCGGCGCCGCAAGCUUCGCGAGGUGCAGCACCGGAACAAACAGUGCCACCGACCCAUGGCACGACGUCCACCGCCUCGUCGACAUCGCACGCAGCAAGCUCGACUGGACAGCAAGCUGGAGCGAGCGGCCAAGAUGAGGCGGGCGCAGAUGCCGCGGCGGCGAAACGGGCACGACCGGCCUCUGUACUUCCCGGUUCGCCCGCACCGGCGCCGACGGGCGUGUCGCUGGCGGAAGCCGCCAAGCACUCGGACGCCAACGCCUCGACGGACCCUGUGCUGGCGGCCAGCAUCCCGCCGCGGCGCACGAUGCGGCUGCCUGCCUCAGCCGAGUAUCCCGGUGCAGUGACGCGGCGCGCCGCGAUGGACGGCGGGCUGGCGAGGCUGCGGCGCCGGCUGUUUGCGACGCGCGAGACGCAGUCGGCGCUGUUCGACACGCGCCAGUGGACGCGCGAUCUGGAAAAGGGCUACGAGGAGGCGUGGAUGCGCUGGGUGCUCGGCGUGGAUGCCGAGGACACGCCCGAGGCCGCCGCGCUCGAUCCGGCGUCGCCGCUCGGCCAGCGCCUCGCGCGCAGCGGCCACAUCUGGGUGCGCGAUCUGUAG